UGCUUCCAAGUAUCCACCACAACAACAAAAGCCCACAAUGGACAUUAGACAAGCGACGAUCGAGGACCUCCUCGGCAUGCAGAAUGCCAACCUGCUCAACCUGCCGGAGAACUACACCUUCAAGUACUACCUCUACCACGCGCUCACUUGGCCCGAGCUGUCGUAUGUCGCUGUCGACCCGAGCGGCCGGAUCGUGGGGUACAUCCUUGCCAAGAUGGAGGAAGAGCCCUCCGACGAGCCCUCGGGCCACGUCACGUCCAUCUCUGUCCUGCGGCCAUACCGCCGCCUCGGUCUCGCCAACAAGCUCAUGCGCCAGGCGCAGGACGCCAUGGUGGCGCACUACAACGCCGCGUUCAUCACGCUGCACGUCCGCAAGUCGAACCGCGCCGCCAUCAGCCUGUACCGCGACACGCUGGGCUUCGAGGUGCAUGUCAUGGAGAAGGGAUACUAUGCCGACGGCGAGGACGCGUACGGCAUGCGCUUCCUCUUCCCCAAGAAGGAGGCGGCGUGAAGGCGCGCAGUGCGGUCGUGGUGGGAGGCGGCCACGGGCCCAGUGUGGAGGCUGGUCUACGGCUCCCCACCUCCCGCCGUAAGCAACAACAGCAGCAGUUGAUAUUGCAUGUAUUCUAUAGC